CUCCCAGUCCCUCUACGAUAUGCAAUUUCCAUUCCCCAGGGAGGCAAAUAUUACUACUCUUGUGUUCUUUCGUUCAUUCGGACAUAGCAUUCAUUCUCACUCACUCCCAACAAUCCUUUCUAUGCUUCACCGCAUCACCCAUUCCUCUUCUCCCUCUCUUCUCCUCCUACCACGUCUUCUCUCUCACCAACCCUUCCCUUCUUCAAAUUUCAAAUUCCCUUUCCCACUCUCACCAAAACGUCUCACUCUCAACCUCAUCCCCAUGGCUUCCUCUCAUUCCCUCCACAACCACAUAAACCGACUCGCUUCCGAACAGAGUCCUUACCUUCUCCAACACGCACACAACCCUGUUGAUUGGUAUCCGUGGGGCGAAGAAGCCUUCGCCGAAGCGCGCAGGCGCGACGUGCCUAUCUUCUUAUCUAUUGGCUACAGCACUUGUCACUGGUGUCACGUUAUGGAGGUCGAGUCUUUCGAAGACGCAGCGGUUGCAAAGUUGUUGAACGAUUGGUUUGUUAGCAUUAAGGUGGAUCGAGAGGAACGACCAGAUGUUGAUAAGGUAUACAUGACGUAUGUACAGGCUUUGUACGGUGGAGGAGGUUGGCCUCUGAGUGUGUUUCUUUCCCCCGACUUGAAGCCUUUAAUGGGUGGAACUUACUUCCCCCCUGAUGAUAAGUACGGGCGACCUGGAUUUAAGACUAUACUAAGAAAAGUAAAACAGGCUUGGGAUAGUAAGAGGGAUAUGCUGAUUAAGAGUGGAGCAUUUGCAAUUGAACAGCUUUCUGAGGCAAUGUCUGCUAGUGCAGAUACUGAUAAACUGCCCGAUGAGGUUCCGGCUGAGGCAUUACGUCUGUGCUCAGAGCAGCUCUCUGGGUCCUAUGAUCCAAAGUUUGGUGGGUUUGGAUCUGCACCGAAGUUUCCUAGACCAGUUGAGAUAAACUUGAUGCUAUAUCACUCCAAAAAGUUGGAGGAGACAGGAAAAUUGGAUGGGGCUAAUGGAAGUCAGAAAAUGGUUCUCUUUAGCUUGCAAUGCAUGGCAAAAGGCGGGAUUCAUGAUCAUAUUGGAGGUGGCUUUCACAGAUACAGCGUGGAUGAGUGCUGGCACGUUCCACAUUUUGAGAAGAUGCUAUAUGAUCAAGGGCAGCUUGCUAAUGUUUAUCUAGAUGCGUUUUCUAUCACUAAAGAUAACUUCUAUUCAUAUAUAUCACGGGGUAUCCUUGACUAUUUAAAGAGAGAUAUGAUUGGUCCAGAGGGUGAAAUCUUUUCAGCAGAGGAUGCUGACAGUGCAGAGACUGAAGGAGCUGCAAGAAAAAAGGAAGGAGCCUUUUACAUAUGGGAAAGAAAAGAGGUUCAAGACAUACUAGGAGAGCAUGCUGCUCUUUUUGAGGAGCACUAUUACAUAAAGCAAUCGGGAAACUGUGACCUGUCUGAAAUGAGUGAUCCUCACAAUGAAUUCAAAGAAAAGAAUGUCCUAAUUGAGAGAAAGGAACCUUCAGAACUGGCAUCAAAAUAUGGCAUGUCAGUUGAGACAUAUCAAGAAAUUCUGGGAGAAUGUAGGCGUAAGUUGUUUGAAGCAAGGUCAAGGCGUCCAAAGCCACAUUUGGAUGACAAGGUUAUUGUAUCUUGGAAUGGAUUGGCAGUCUCUUCUUUUGCCAGGUCUUCUAAGAUUCUCAAGGGCGAAGCGGAAGGGUCCAAAUUCUACUUUCCUGUUGUUGGCACUGAACCAAAGGAGUACUUGAAAAUUGCAGAAAAAGCAGCAUUUUUUAUUAGGAAGCAUCUUUAUGAUGUGGAGACUCGCAGGCUAUACCAUAGUUUCAGACGUUCUCCAUCUAAAGCUCCUGGUUUCUUGGAUGACUAUGCUUUUCUGAUUUCAGGAUUGCUGGAUCUGUAUGAGUUUGGUGGUGGAAUUAGCUGGCUUCUAUGGGCCAUUGAAUUGCAGGAAACCCAGGAUGCUUUGUUUCUUGAUAAGGCUGGAGGUGGAUAUUUCAAUAAUACAGGAGAAGAUUCUUCAGUUCUCCUCCGUGUGAAGGAAGAUCAUGAUGGGGCAGAACCAUCUGGAAACUCGGUUGCUGCCAUAAACCUUAUAAGAUUGGCUUCCAUGGUUUCUGGAAGUAAGGCUGAGAAUUAUAAGCGAAAUGCAGAACAUCUAUUGGCAGUUUUUGAGAAAAGAUUGAAAGAUAUGGCUAUGGCAGUGCCUCUAAUGUGUUGUGCAGCAGACAUGUUGCGUGUACCUUCUAGGAAACAAGUUGUCGUGGUUGGUGGAAGGACGUCUGAAGAAUUUGAAAACAUGCUUGCCGCAGCUCAUGCAUUAUAUGACCCCAACAGAACAGUUAUUCAUAUAGACCCCAGUAACAAAGAAGAGAUGGAAUUUUGGGAAGUAAAUAACAACAAUGUCUCUCUCAUGGCAAAAAAUAACUAUGACGUCAACAAGGUUGUAGCUCUUGUUUGCCAAAACUUCACCUGUAGUCCCCCCUUGACUGAUCCUUCUUCACUUGAAGCUUUACUCUCUAAAAAACCUUCCUCUUUGUUCACAUAAACUAGUGGUUGUGAUUUGGGUAAGAUCGUCAGGGAAAGCUCCCUCUUGGAUCCCCUUGUCUUAUACAGAACUAGUUGGUUCUGACUUCUCUGUCAAAUAAAGGUAGGUAACAUUCUCCAUUGAGUUCAGGGAUUGAUGCAUGCUUGGUUGCAACCCUUUUCGUUUGCCUGUGUUAAGGGGCCUCAAAUUUUGCUCAAAUUUGACAUGGAAUGAUGGAAGUUUGUAUAUGUUAUAAGGGUUGAAAUAAUUAUCAAAAGCUGGGGUCUGUC